UGAAGAACGGAUAAAGGCGCUACUAUUUCGGUUUCCUGCGCGCGGAGAGCAGACCUUGUGACCUCAACCGGUUUUCAUAUUUUUUUCUACCCUUUUUCUUCAAAUCGUUUGAAAAAAGAAAAAUGGAAGACGACGAACUUCAGGCAAUCCGUGCCAAGCGCAUGGCUGAACUACAAGCUCAAGGUGGCAGCUCGGCUGGUCGUGGCGGUUUCCCUGGUGGGAGCGGCUCGCCCGCUGGCGGUAGUGGUGGUGGUUCUGGCGCAUCAGGCCAAGAAGAUGCCGAAAAGAAACAACAAGUGGAAGACAUGCGUCGUAACAUGCUAUACCAGAUUUUGGACAACAACGCCCGUGAACGCCUCGCCCGUAUCAACAUGGUCAAGGCAGACAAGGCGCGUGCAGUGGAAGAUCUAUUGAUCAAAUUGGCACAGAGUAACCAACUACGGAACAAGGUCUCGGAACAGCAACUGAUUGAUCUUCUUGGUCAAAUCAACCAACAGGAACCUAGUGCAUCACAAACAAAGAUUGUCUACAACCGACGACGCUUCGAUGAUGAUUCGGAUGAUGAGUACGAUCUCUAAGAAAGAAAGAAAGAAAGAAAAAAGUAUACAAUAUAAAAGGGAGGGGUGGAUGACGUUUCUGUCUAAUUAUACAUAUAUCGUGUAAUAUCUGGC